GCGUUUCCAAGAUGGCGGCCGACUUGUCUUGAAGGGACUUUGGCGGCACAAGUGUGAGCAUUCUUACUUCCGGUCUUAGCGACGUUCGCGGUUUCUGUGAGAGGAGAAAGGAGACGUUCAGAGGAGACUUGGCUAACUGGUACGAGUGUUUUUAAAAUGAAAGCGGGGAGAGUGAUCUAUCAGCGGCAGGAGAGAUCAUCCUCUUUAUAUUGUUGUGUACCUCAAUGCGCUAAUUCAUCGAGAUACAACGCUGAGAUUAGCUUUCAUUCUUUCCCUGUAGAUUCUGCUGUUCGGGCUCAGUGGUUAGUCAAAAUCUGUAGGGACCACUUCAGUCCUACACAAAACACUCGAGUGUGUAGUAGACAUUUCGAGAGAGAUGAUUUUGUUCUGACAUCUGGGGGACUAAGAAGGCUCAAAAAAGGAGCCUUGCCGUGUUUUUUUGCGUGGAACAACUACACUCUACCCACACAGACACCUAAUGUUUGGGAUACAGCAAAGAUAUCGCCGGCUGACUCCGACUUGUGUGCGGUUCACGCGGCGCCUGAACUUGACCACUCCGUUACUCCAGCAACGUCAGUGAUGGAAGCUCUAGAGGAGAAAAAAGAGGGCUCUGUAAAUAUGGAGACCGAGGAAGUAGCACCUGAGGCACCUGUAGAACCACCAACCGAAGUGGUAGAUGCAAAUACUGAGGCAAACAAAGAGCCCACGGCAAGCGCAGAAAUUCAGGACAUUCAGAACCAUGUCACGGACAACAAUAAAGAGGAAGCCGUAACUGAGACGCAAGGUGAGUCUGCCAAAGUCACGGAAGGGGAGACAGACCCUCACAGACAAGUCACGGACAAUCCUUCUUGUGACUGGUUGGAGCCACUUGAAGAAGACUGUGAUGAAGCUGAUGCUCAGAGCGGCGACCAGGAUGGAACAGAGAGCCUUGCAGGGAGCGAGCUGAGAGGGGGCAGAAGCGGCGGAUUUAAACCUCGUAGGAGACCGCAGUGCGAGGCUGAUGAAGGCUGGGAAGAUUGCCCUUCAUUAGGUGAAGGAUGGAAACGCAAACAGGUUUUCCGUAGAUCAGGCACAAGUGAAGGACGCAGUGACACGUACUAUACAAGUCCUUGCGGUCAUAAAGUGAGAAGUAGGGUUGAGCUUCUGAGAUAUGUUGAUCCUUCCCUCGACCUCACAAACUUUGAUUUCAAGACGGGCAAGAUCCUUGAUGAUGCAGUUCCAAAAAGAGGAAGGAGGAGGAAAGUGGAAUCUUCCCUGCUAUACUUUGGAGGCUCCGCUGAAGUGCCAAAUAAAUUAAUGGAUGCAGGGGGCUGGGCCAGUAGUCCAGGAUCUUCAGCAAAUCUCAGUGCCUUCCAGAGAGAAGGCCCAUAUGUGAAGCCGAAGGUGGAGAAUUCCACAACCGUGACAGAUACAACUGUUCCAAGCUUUACCACUCCUCCUAAUAUUAGUCUGACUGAAAUUCCAGCAAAGCCAACUGCUCCUCUCUUGGGGGGUUCUGACGGGCUUGUGAAUGGCAGUGUUGGAACUUCAAAACCUUUCCUGAGUGUCUGCGUGAAAUGUAAUAAAACUAUUACAUUUGAAGAGGGACAAACUAUGUGCCAGAACUGCAGGCUUGAGGUUAACAUACCAAUAGAGAAAGGCAGGAAACCCUACAAAAAGUGGGUGCCAUGUGGCCGGUGCCGGGGUUGCCAAGUCAUGGUGGACUGUGGAAAAUGUGUCAGCUGCAGAAAUGGCAAGCUUCGGCUUCGACUGAAUAUCCGCUCCCGGAAAAUCGUUAAAUGUCGCAAAAGAAAGUGUUUACACCCCAUCCGUAGGGACAAGAGUGGAAAGGUUAAUCCACAGACAUCAGGAGGACAGUUUUCAAACACAUUUGGAUCCAUCAGCACAGCUUCAAGCAUUCAAAAAUUUCAGCCCUCAGUCGCAGAUUUUGAGGAAUCACAGAGCUCCUUGGCACAGUACAGUGACUCAGAGGAUGUGUCUCUGUUCCUUGGCGGUAAUGAUGGUGACUAUGGCUAUGAGAUGGUUGCAGGAAAGUUACGUCGCCGGUCCUGUGGGAAAUGUAGAGGUUGCGUUCGGCGUACGGACUGUGGAACUUGCGAUUUUUGCAUGGAUAAACCCAAGUUUGGAGGCAGAAAUAAAAAAAGACAGAAAUGCCGUCUACGGCAGUGUGAAAGAGAGGCUAUGAAGCAUUUGCUGCCCAUGGAUGAGAAUCAGUCAGAAAUGCUUAUUCCAGAGGAACGUGGCAGGCCAAGGCCACGUUAUACAUAUUCACGUGGUAGACCCAGGAAUAGAAGAUUGUGGGAUUUCGAGGUCUCGGAUAAUGAGGCUGAACGUUAUGAGACCCCAAAUCCUUUCUCAGGUUCUGCACAGAUGGUGAAAAGGGACAGGCUCCUCAUCCCCAAUUAUAAUGGAAAGGCUUACAGUUAUUCUGACAUUCCAAACAGUUAUAUGCUUAACAACAUCCCACUCUACAGCUUCCAAAAUGUUGAGAUCAGCCACCAGCUGCACGUAGGAAGGGUGGAAAUGAUCAAAGAAAAUGGGCUUCAAGGCAGUGGCAUCAAUAGCAGAGGCCUUCUGUCUGUUAGACCAGGAAUUCAGCAAGAUUUUCUUUCUGCAGCAAGAUGUGAGAGUGUGCCAUUUCCCCCAAGCUAUGGAUUUGGUGCUGCUGAACAGGAUGUUGAAUCUUCCCCAUCGAUCACCCAGAUAUUCAGUAUGGCUGACAGUGACCCUGCAACCAAAGGCAUUGACAUUGAUCAUGAGCUGAUGCAGCUGCUGAGGUCUCUUCGUAGCACAGUACUUCCUGUCCUCUGGUACUGCGUUGUGAUGGAGGGUCCAAGGUUGCAGUUAAUGCAGUGCUCCAAGCGCUCCACUAUGGCAGACACCAUUGUUCAUAUUGAGCCCAACUUCUACUACCACAUCAGCGUCCAGGAACAGCCCCUCUUGCCCACCCACAAACUCUACGACAGCCACCCUCCUCGUCUCACCACAACAACAGAGGUUAUUGCCCUCCUUGAGGACCUGGAAAAGCAUGCUGUCUGCCAGGGCUUUGCGAAGAAAUGUUCUACACCUGGACCAGAGCCGGUUCUUCCUGAGCGGGCGGCCACCUGCGACUUCCUCAUUUUACCAGAGGCAGAAUGCUGUCCAAAAUGCUCAACUCUGCAACAGGGUUAGAGAAAAUGUUCAGCACAUGGGAAUCGGUUUUUAAGGAACAGUUCACCCAACAAUGACAAUUGUUGUCAUUUACUCACCGUCAUGUCGUUGCAAACCUGUAUGACUGUCUUUGUAAUGUGGAACACAAGAGCAAAAUUUGUAUGAAAAUCCCGGUGUGUCAAUUCAGUAUAAUGGCAGUUAAUAGUGUCCAAAAGCAUCCAGAUGUAUCAUAAAAGAAGUCCGUGAGGCUCCUAUGACGUUCCAAGUCUUCUGAAGGCAAUGGUAGGCUUUAAUGAGAAAUAACCUGAAAUGCAAGUCAUUUUUCAGUCAGUUUUUCUCGUUCAUGAGUGCACGAGAGAAGCUCGUUCACGUGCGAACUUGCAUAGUUUUUAGCGCUAAGCCUUAAACCUAACGCACAAGCCGCAUGGACUACUUUUAUGGUCCUUAUUUAUGUUUUAAAGUGAGUCCUUAUCAACUGUCAUUGCAUUUAGUAGAUUUUUUUUUUCUUUUGUGUUCAACAUGGGAAAGUCACGCGGGUUUAGAAUGACUGAGGGUGAGUAAAUUAUCACCGAAUUUUCAUUUAAGUAAUACUCCUAUUUAUGCCAAUUAUGAACUGUUCCAGCCAACCUGCAAGAUUAAAUAUCUUCCUACUCCAAAAUAGAAAUAUUGAAGCACCCUUUAUGAUUUACUUCAGAGGGACACCAACAUUACUUUGACUUUCAGAUUAUUGCUUUGUUACUUUAAUCCAUUGAAAGACAAAUUGUGAACAUAACGGUACAAUGAUUUGAAACCCUUACUCUAUUAUUACACUCCAUUUAGGUUAAAUAGCUAUUGCGGUAUCAUCCCACAUGAAGAAGCAUUACCACCCUGACCUCUAAGCAAAAAUGUGUAUUUUUUUUUUUUUUUACCCUUAAGUAUAUAAACAUAAUUUCUUUUACCCACUAAGGCUAAUGAUGCACAUUGAACCCUGACUGUUCAUUAAAGUUGGAAGCAGUUUAACUGUACAUCAUGCCAUGCAUUAAGCUUGUAAUAGUUUACAGAAUUGACGUUUAAGUGAAUCGCAUUUCACACCAUCGUCUGUUUGAAUUCCUCAUACCAGUAAUGUCUAUACAUGAUCAUAGUUCUAAUGCUUAUAUACUUCUCAGGGGGGAUUUUUCAGAAUGCAUUAAUCAAAUGGAAGAUCCAUAUUUGUUGAAAGAUUUAAUAUUUGCUGUUUAAUAUGGGAUGAGGCUGCUCUCUUUUGAAUAGAUAAUUUUGUACAUACUGCAACAAUUACGGCAGUUAAAUCAGAUAGAUAAAAUCUAGCGAGAAUUUUUUUAUAAACUUGUCGUUUUUUUCAGAAUUUUCUUUAAUUUUCAUUUCCUGUUACAAAACACUGAAUUGUGUUUGUAUGUGCUUUCAUAUUAUGAACAAUCUGAUAAUUCUCUAUUUAAUAAAUCAUAUUAUCAGUUGGA